UGUUUUUUUUUUACUGUUGGUGCUAGAUGGGGCCGUCGCUGAACUCGGGCUUUGAGUUCCCAAGUUUGAAAAUAUAGAAGCUGAAGCAAAACGAAAGAGAAACAGCUACUGUCUGAAAGCACAUCAAUGGCGCCACCAAAGACGACGGCGCGUGCGAUCUCACAAGAUGCUUUCGACGAGCUAGUAAAUGAAAACAUCGACGACCUCGGAAUGGACCCCGCGGAAGCUCUCGAAGACGCAAUCCAAACCCUCACUCUCCAAGGCGUCGAUCUCUCAGGCAUCGUGACUUCCGUUCCCGGAGAGAGCAAUCCGGUGAUAGAGUGCUUAGAAAAGUUGAAACGGUUGGAGUCGGAAUCGGAUGCAUUGGAUGAGACGGUGGAAGCUUUUGAUAAACUGGCCGAGUUGUGCGGCGGUGACGCUGGGAAUGUCAAUGCGGCUAUUGCUACAAAAAAUGGCGGUGUUGAAUUGGUUUGUUCUAAGAUAAAUAGUGCGAAUGGAUCUCAACUUGUUCUUCUUUCUGGUUUAAAUGCUUUGUCGUCGUUGCUUCACGAUGUUCAAAGUACCGGAACGUUCCAGAACAGUAAUGGACCAAGGAUUAUAGUUGGUAUCUUAAAUGACAACAAGCAAAACGUAGAUGUCUUAAAUAACGGAUUCCGUGUUGUGGCUUCAGCUGCGACAGGUGAUGAGAUUGUCAAGGAGUCAUUUAUGGAAUUGAAAGUUGAUGAGUUAAUUGUAGAGAUAAUGUCCAUACAUAAGAACCCUGGCAUUCAAAGUUUAUAUGAUGCUAUUCGUGUACUUUUGACGCCUGAUGACAAUCGGGUUCUAGCUUCCCAAGUUUAUGGAUAUGCACGAAAAUUUGCUAAGAUUGGAAUUCCAGAAGCCAUUGUGGAUUCUCUGCACACAGGACUUGGCGCACCUGACCUAAUUUCAGCAUGCAUCACUUUAAAGGCCACUGCAGUAAAUGAUGAAAUAUGUAAAUCCAUUGCUGAAAAAGGUGGUAUUGAUGUAGUACUCAAAUGCAUAGAUGACAGUGGUGAACAAGGCAACACAGAUGUAGCCAAAGUUUGCUGCUCAUUACUUUCAAAGUUAGCAGGAAGUGAUGCAAACAAGAGUGCAAUUGUUGGGAAAGGGGGUAUGGAUAAGCUAAUCAAGCUUUCAGCCAGAUAUGCUGAUGAUCCUUCUGUUUUGCAAGAGGUCAUGUCUAUUAUUUCUGUGCUUUCCCUAAGAUCCCCGGAAAAUGCAGCCCGAGCCAUUGAAGCUGGUGCCGGUGACCUUGCUAUUCAAUCAAUGCAGAAAUUUCCCGCAGCACACCAAAUGCAAAGAAACUCCUGUCUUAUGAUCAGAAAUUUAGUAGCGAGAAACCUAGAGAACAGAACUAUUCUUCUUAAUAAUGGAAUUGAGAAAUACAUAAGGAAGGCAAAGCAAACACAUGCAAACUGUAAGGAAGCUGCUACUGAUGCCUUGAGGGAUUUGGGAAUUGACAGUUACAACUUGUAGCAGAUCAUUUUUUUCUGUCUCUGUAUUCAUUUUUCGUGUAAACAUGAGUGUGUACCGGUUUAUUUCUAUCUUCUCUUUCCCAAAAUAUAUGUAUGUAAUUUUAAGUAGUAAAACCAAACAUUAGUUUGUGUGUGUGUGUGAUAUGUCAUUGGGAGAGUUAAACUCGUGAUCUUUUUACUAAAACAUUGGAUAGUGCAAUUCAUUGGAUUCACUUGUCUAUCUAUCA